GGUUGCUGUGGAUGCUGGGGGUGGCGGUUGUUUGAAGAUGGCGGAUGUUGCUGGGGAAGGAGCUGCUGGUUACUGGAGUCUGGAUGGUAUCCUUUACCUGGCUGUGUGCUGUCAUGGAAUCCAUUGAGUCAUCUGAUGAAGAUCAGCAGAUGGUGUAUAUCCCAGGACUCUCUAAAGAGGGAAACCUGAGGACAAUCUCACAGUUUAAGAAUAAGAAGACUGAAGAUACAAGGCCAAAAGUACGGACUCCUGCCUCUGUCAAUGAAAUGGAUUUAAGGCAGAAUUUGCGAUGCCAAGGAGAUCAUCAGGUGGCUCCUGAAGAAGGAGGGAUUAGGAGUGCGUCUUUGAAGGAUUUGUGCCCAGAAGACAAGAGGCGCAUAGCUAAUCUAAUCAAAGAGCUUGCAAGGGUGAGUGAAGAGAAAGAAGUGACUGAGGAACGUUUGAAAAUUGAGCAUAAAUCGUUUGAGAAGAAGAUCCGACAGUUGGAAGAACAGAACGAUCUCAUAAUCACGGAAAGGGAAGCUUUGCAACAACAGUACCGGGAAUGCCAAGAGCUGCUGAGCUUGUACCAGAAAUAUCUGUCUGAACAGCAGGAGAAACUGAACCUGUCUCUCUCUGAACUCAGUGCCGGGGGCAGCAUGUCACGGCAGAUGACGAAGAGUCAACGGAAACCCACAUCUAGUGAACUCAAUGGUUCCUACCUUGCCCAACCUUUCCAGAAAGCCAGCAGUGCAUCUGAAAGCUCUUGCUUGCCAAUGGCAAAACACCACUGUAAAAAUGAACCUAACUCUAGAAUAGCUUUUCGGCCCAAUACAGAUCAAUGCCGUUUAGAAAACCACUUGCAGCGAAAAUGUGGUAGCGUGGACUUUUCAGAUAUACGCUGCACUAAUAUGGCUCAUGUCUGCCAAAGACACUCGUGUGGCAGUCUUGUGGAUCAACCAGCACCUCAGUAUUGCAUACAUUGUAUGAUGCCAAACCUGCCUGCAACAAGUCUGCCUGAUUACUCAUCAAGAAGGCCAUCUGAGUCUUGUACGUUGGCCGGGUGCUCUCCAACAUUCUUGAUGGAUGAUGGUGCUGGAACAUUGGCACACGAGGCAGCGGUUGAGAAAAGUUUAGCAGAGAAAAGAAAACAUGAGAUUCUGCUUCAAAAAAUGGAGCUGGAGAUGGAAAAGGAACGUCUGCAGCAACUUCUAGCUCAGCAAGAAGAAAAACUAAUUGCAAAGCAGCAGGAGCUACAGCAAUCCAAGCUGGAUUAUUCUAACCGGAGUCUACUUUAUUCUGACCCUCGCCCUUUGACGACAGACGACAUUUCUAGACAAUCCUUUAAUCUACCCAAUGGUUUACUGUACAGUCCUGUGAACACUCCGCCACCCACCAAGAACAAUAAGAAGCAGCAGAGAUCGGGAGGAAAUAGCACAGAAAAAAGGGGGCUGAUAUUUAAUGGGAGUGAGCAGGAUGACUUGUGGAUCAACUCACGCAGCAGUUUUCAGAGAGUGUCCCGAAAGGAUGCAGCAACAUCUCCCAGUGUAACAAGUGAAGGCCCCAAGGUGAUAGCCUCAGAAACCUCGCCAGUCCGCCACAACGUUUGUCGGUACGAGACCUCACUGAUCGACAUGUUGGAAGCUGUAAGUCCAUUAUCAACGCAAAGACAGCCACCCCUUUACCGGGAGCCCUGUGACUUCACUGUUUUCAGCCCAAUACCUAGAAGCCAUUUCCAACCUAGCAGGCGGAAUGCCAUGCCCAUUACGCAGGGACAUGAGCACCCUGAUAAUCCAGAUGAAAACCGCAUGCUGGAAGACAUAUUCUUCAUUUGCUGAUUGCAUUGUUCAUCGUCUAACCCACUCUCCAGCACAGAGUAUUGAUCCCUAAUGUGUGACUUGGUAAUGGACAGUUUGUAAUAUGGCGAUUGUUACGUAAGGAGCCAAGGAACACUGUGCACCACAGGAUAACUAUUGAACACUUUAUAUACGCAGACUAAUAUGUUCUCUUUCCUGGACUGCUGUGCGUUCUCAUUCUUGCUUGCAAGAGACUUCAUUUUUCAACCUGCUUUUUUUGUUUUUUAUUAUUGCAAAUUUCUUUAGAGGUUUUGAUUAGUUUUUUUUUGUGUGUUUUUUUGUUUUGUUUUUUUAACCUUGCAGUGAGUUUGUUUACACUACGAUUUCACUAACGCAUUUAACUUAUUGGAUUGGAAGCAGUGUGACUCUCUGCUCAGCCUUGCGGCUUCUGUUCUGCAUGUGGAAAUCAAGUUACAAGCCAAGCUUCCAGUGGUGCCUUAGCGCCUCCCAAAUCCCAUAGAUCAUUAAGCAUGCUGACGAUGCAGGAAUGAGAAAUCACACACCCGGGAGCAAGUUCUCACCAAGUGUUUCAUUAUUCCAUAUAUUGUAUGGAAUAGAUCAUAAGGACAUAAUAACAGGGGGGCACACCGAGACUUGCAGUUCUACAACUCUUGCUAUGUUCUGUGGAUGUAAAUUACCACAAGUGUGGAUUUAUCUUAAAAAUUAAAUGAUCUGUAUGGUUAAAAACAAUCUCUGAAUGCUAGAUUAGAUUGGCCGUUGAAGUGGAGGAUAUAUAAUGAAGACUUGGCUUUAAGAAUAUAUCUUUGCAUUUUUACACACGGCCAUAUGGGUGAUGUCCCAUCUAGAUACCAUCUUGGUUUUUGAAGUGUUAUUGUGUGCAACAUUCAUCAUUUGUGAUAUUCAAUGUAGUGAGAGGACUCUCCUACUCCUGGCCUGUAAAAGUUGCGACCACACAUUUUAUGUUGGCUAAACAGUCCAGUUAGAACGUGAUUGCCUGUAGAGCCUGGCAUUGAUACCAUAUAGCAUUAUGUAAAGACCAUGCACGUCAUAAAAUAUGAGACGUGGUCUACAAUACCGCUAUAAGAUCCACUAUAAUGCAUUGCUCUAAUUCCUUUGUAUAUAAAUUAUGUAUAAGUCUAGAGACAGAACCUGUCUCAUACCAGCUGGCAUUAUGUAGAAUUUACUAAUGUCCAAUUUUUACAUUAAAACAAAUUGUAGUAUGCUCUCAAAACCAUUUUUAAUACAAUAAUCCUUUCAUCGAGUUUUAAAUAUCAAUAGUUUUUUGUAUUUUGUUUUCAUUUAAUGAAUAUAUGGGGGGAAGGGGAAAGAUGAAAGACUGUACCGAUCUUUUAGUAUAUGAGAGGAUCCUUCAGCCACGUGGCACCUUGUGUCGGACAGUGUUUUAAAACGGACAGCCUCUAUAGUCUUUUUCAAACACUGUCUGACCCAAGGUGCAUGUGCAUGAUCCUGUCAUAUACUAAAGGUUGGGAUGAGUUUUUCUAUUUUUUAUUUUUAUGAAGUAGAUUUCCUUCCGAAGUCUGAUGAAAGGGUUCUUAUAUUAAAGAAUAGUUUUUGGUUGACGGUUGUCUCUUCUGUUUCGCUGGUAACUGCUAUAAGUUUAGUGACUCUGGAUUCCCACAGCACUGUGCAGAUAAACAUUGCUUGUGGGUUUUGUCAUAAACUUAGAGGUGACAAUCUGCUGCCCCGCAUUGUAAAUAUAUUUUAUUCCAGUAUAACUGCAUUCAAAUUGCUCCUCACCUUCUCUCUGAAUUGGUUUGUCACGUAUAAAUCUUUACAUUAACUAACAAAGCAAAUUUUAUUUGUGUCAACGUUUUGUAAAUCCAGAGCUGUGAUUUUUUAAAUUAUUUUAAUUAUUGAUUGUCACCCACCUGCAGAUGGCAUAUUGAGCAUUGUUGGAACUCUCCUCUCAUAUCCGGAUUUCAGCACCAAAAUAAGCAUCUAAUCAAAGAAUCUCAGAAACAUGCUCGGGAAUGUGCUUAAGGACUAUAGAUUAAGAAUUUUUUUUUUUAAUCAAACUCUCAUUGUUUUGAAUUAUCUAUGCCAUACUGUAAAAAAGUGCCAACUUACAGGUCUUUAAUUAGGACCAUAUAGUUAUUAAACAAUCAUGGUAAUCACCAUAACAAUCCACAAUGAAUGCACUGGUUAUGAUAUUAUAUGUCAGAGGAAACUCGGUUUCCAGUGUCCCUGCAUUAAUUUACCCCUUGGGUCACUGACUGUAAAAGGAACAUUUUAAAGGGUUACUCCAAGCAUCAAAACCACUACACUCCGCGCUGUAGUGUUUAUGAUGCCAGGAGUACCCUGACCCCAUGUCCCUGUGAUGCGGAGAACAGUUUUGCAACAACUUGACCUCUUUCCUGGUCCUGCCAUGAGUCUUGUCUUCUAUCUUUUAAGGCUGGUUGUGACAUGCAUCCUGCUUCUGCAGAGCUGAAUGCAGAUCCUGCAGACCAUUCAUUGGAUCAGAGUGUCAGAUGACUGCUCUCAGCCAAUGUUUGCAAUUCUGUUCAUAGAAAUAUGAACAUAGUAGACAUUUAUCAGCCUGUGAACUCUAGUUCCGGACUGGCUGAUGACACCUUAGUGACGCUGCCACGGGUUAAUCAUCACAUGUGCAAAUCACUGAAGUGGCCAUGGUGCUUGACGUAAUCCUUGAAUCCCUUCCCAUCCGCAGUCUGUUAAACUUGUGCGUUUUGCAUUAGCACAUUGGUCUGGCACAUGCUGCACAAGUUCUUAAUUCCUCCCAGGCAUGCAUGCUUGUCAUCUCUGCAGGUCGCAGCACGUAUCCACGUUCACAUAAUAUUUAAAUCAGUCCAUGAAUAGGUAGAUAGUUGCUAUAAUACUACUACUUAUUUAAAGGAACACUAUAGUUACCAAAACAACUUUAGCUUAAAGAAGCAGUUUUGGUGUAUAGAUCAUGCCACUGCAGUCUUGCUGCUCAAUUCUCUGACAUUUAGGAGUUACACAGCCCUAGUCACACCUCCCUGCAUGUGACUUGCACAUCCUGCCUAAACACUUUUUGUUAAGCAUCAUCUAAAGUUUCCACUUCCCUUACUGCAAAUUCUGUUUAACAUGGGAUUUCCUAUCUCAUGCUCAGCUACUAACUUUCUAGACCCUGCAGGAGACUCCUGUCUGUCAUUAAAGUUCAAUUUACAGAGUUUGAGAUUAAGUUUUUUAAUAAGUUACAUCUGAUUGAAAAUGUAAACCAUUUGGUUUUCAUGCAGUCUGUGUGAGUCACAGACAGGGGAGGUGUGGCUAGGACUACAUGAACAGAAACACGUGAUUUAACUUAGAGAACUGAGCAGUGAAGCUUCAGAAGUAGGAACUAUACACCAAAACUGCUCCAUUAAGUAAAAGUUGGUUUCCUGACUAGUAUCCCUUUAAGAGAGUUCCACUUGCCCUGUGUGAGGGGUGGGGAGUGAACUACUAAUCGCAUCUCUGCAAUGCAUGAGGGGAAAAAAAGCAAGGUGCAAGAUUUUUUUAUUUUUUUUAUCCUGGUCUGGGAGGGAUCUAUGAACUUUAAAGAUUACCUUUUUUCCAAAUUUUUGAAUACAUUGUGUAUAGUAUUAAAAAGAGGCAGUGGGCCACUUAACUCUCUAAAGUGCCCCUUUAUUGCCUGCACUGGGACACAGAUGUGUUCCAUACCAUGUUAUAAGGUCUGCAUUGGCUGGAACUGGCUUCUAAUGAAGCUUAUUUUAGUAUGUAUUGUAUUAUAUUUCAAUUAAGAGUGAGGAACAAAACUUUGUGUGGUGAUCUCACAUAUCCAUUUAUCUUUCACUCCUAAUCAUGUCGUUGUGAAACCUUUUAUUAAUACGUGGAAAAAGUAUUCUAAAUGUAAAUAAUUAGUCUGUCAUUUUAAUCCAAAAACGUUUUUUUAUUUAAGUUCCACACCAAAUUCUUGUCAUUUCACAUAAGAUGCAGUUCUGGCCACAUUGGAAUUAAAAGAACCCGCAAGUGGUUAGGCAGAAGAUUGUACAAACAUCGGCCACACCUGGAGUAUGCCAGAGGUUUUAACGUAUGUGAUGCGUAAUUACAGUAAAUGUCUUUGUAGCUGGAUGAAUGCUUGGGUAGAUCUGUUUUUGUCUAGCAAAUGUUGUAUUAAAUAGCAAGCUGUCACAACCACUCAAAUUCCAUCUUACCUCUCAAACUCUUUGAGGCACAAAAUCCUUUGUCUCUAAGGAACCUCAAAAUCUAUUCCUAACUGGUCCAGGAGUGGGAACGUUCUAUACAGCAUGAAUGAAACGGAUGACAUUUACUUAUACUUCUCAAUAUUGUGAAAAUGAAAGGUUCAAAGUGAUUGCCGCCUUUCAGGGUUUUGCCUAAUUAAAUUUAUCUUGUGAAA